CAUCGAGAAGGGAAACACAAGACACGGAAGAUUUAAAGGAGAAUCUGUAAUAAGUUUGUCGUCCUGCACUUUUAGUUUAAAGCGGUCUAAUGUUUAUUCAGUCCUCAUUUAUUUCAUGCUGAUUAAAGCGCAACAGCUGUGCGCCAAAAUCGGGCGAGUGACAAUUUAACGGGGUUGGGGAGGGGGGUUAUCAUGUCGAUCCAGUUCGAGGCGCCGCUGGCUGACAGUUACGGGGUAGCCGAUUCGUUUCCUAAAGAUUUCGGCUAUGGAGAAGAGGAGGGCGACAUCGAUGACAGCUCUUCAUCCACCGACAGCAAGCCGAGAAUCCUUCUGAUGGGGUUGCGCAGGAGCGGGAAGUCGUCUAUACAGAAGGUGGUGUUUCAUAAGAUGUCCCCCAACGAGACCCUCUUUUUGGAGAGCACCAACAAGAUCUACAAAGAUGACAUCUCCAGCAGCUCCUUCGUCAACUUUCAGAUCUGGGACUUUCCUGGACAAGUCGACUUCUUUGAUCCGACCUUUGACUAUGAGAUGAUUUUCAGAGGAACCGGGGCCUUGAUAUUUGUCAUCGAUGCACAGGAUGACUAUGUGGAGGCCCUCAGCCGACUCCACCUAACAGUUUCACGGGCAUAUAGGGUCAACCCGGAGAUCAAUUUUGAAGUGUUUAUCCAUAAAGUAGAUGGCUUGUCUGAUGACCAUAAGAUUGAGACCCAGAGGGACAUACACCAGAGGGCUAAUGAUGAUCUCGCAGAUGCCAGCUUGGAAAAACUACACCUCAGUUUCUAUCUGACAAGCAUCUACGAUCACUCAAUCUUCGAGGCUUUCAGUAAAGUGGUGCAGAAGCUCAUCCCUCAGCUUCCCACGCUGGAGAACCUUCUCAACAUCUUCAUAUCUAAUUCAGGGAUCGAGAAAGCCUUCCUGUUUGACGUCGUCAGUAAGAUUUACAUCGCCACCGACAGCUCACCGGUGGACAUGCAGUCCUACGAGCUCUGCUGUGACAUGAUCGAUGUGGUCAUAGACGUCUCUUGUAUUUACGGUUUAAAGGAGGAUGGUAGCGGCAGUGCGUAUGACAAGGAGUCAAUGGCCAUCAUCAAACUCAACAACACCACAGUGCUCUACCUGAAAGAGGUCACGAAGUUCCUUGCUCUGGUCUGCAUCCUGAGAGAGGAAAGUUUUGAACGGAAAGGACUGAUAGACUACAAUUUCCACUGUUUCCGCAAAGCCAUUCACGAGGUGUUCGAAGUGGGUGCAUCCAACUCAAGAACAAGCAGCCAGCCACCUGGCACCCCUUUCAUGAAGACUGUUGCCUUAAAUGGCACCCCAAGGAGCACUGUGUAGAAGGACCGAGAUAAUGAUGGAAGUACGGAGUCGGUGGGUAAGGUAAAACGAGAGAGCCACUGCCACUACUGCUCCCAAAAGCUUAAAAAGCAAAGCAAAAGGCCUGAAAUUCACCGAAAAUAAAGACUCGCUGCAAUGGGCAGGGCUGAUGCUUAAAUAUAACAUGGGUAAACUUGCAAAUCUGCAGAAGGAUGGAAGGGAUAGGCACAAAGAAUGUGGAUUACUUUUCGUUUUACUAAAAGGCAUUAACGAACCUCAAGAUGAAAAUAAAAGACUGCAAACGAGAGAAAAGCACAGCAAAAAAAACCUGUCUCACCUGGGACUGGAAGUACCUGGACGAAUGCUGUAUGAUAUGCUGCCGAUCACUUUAACACAGUAGCCAAGUUUAAAACGGUACCCGGUUUACACCUCAAGUGAAUGUGGGAGACUGUGAAAUUUGUGGUGCACCCACUGGAGGACAACUUUGGUUGAGUGUACACAUAAAGCUUCUCAAGCCUUAUGUAGAAGAGGCCUGUCUGAUGCAAGCCUCUUGUAUACACAUGCACAAGACACUUGUACUACAAAGGUUUACUUAAGCAAAUGAAAAGGGAUUGAAAUGUGGUUUUGAAUUUGUCUCUUAUGCUUUUAGAGACUGUUUAUGAGAUGUAGAUGUUUGUGUUUGAAUACACAAGCAGUAAAGAGAGGGUGGGUGGGGAUCUAUGUAUAUGCACAGGUUUAGGGCCCAGACGUCACAUGGAGAUAGUGCUUGAGUUGAACUGUUCCACUUGACCUCUUGGAACACUGUGAAUGCAUUUACCUCAAGUGGAUGUGAGGGAACCUAACUAACUUAGACCUGCUAUGCUGUUCACUAGCGUUGCCCUCAAGUUAUGUUAUAUCAUCUAUGGCAUGUUGCUCAUGCAACCCCUCAUCACUUACAUUCCGAUUCUGAGGUGCCAGGACUCGCACGCAUUCACAUUAUAACUGGGUAACCGUCGCUUUUGCUGUUCCAAUCACUGAUUAGUACGUUUUUUCGAUUGAGAGAAAAUCUGCUGAAUAUGAAUUGCAAAGAUGACUGAAGUGAAAAACAUUGAAUAUAAGUUUAAUUCAUUCCAUGCAUGUGUAUAGACUAGAGAUGCUUCAUGUCGUCUUGCAAUCAGUUCAAGCUUUUUAGUUUUGUUUGGGAUGAAAGCACUACCUGAAUGAGAGAUCGCAAACUGAUCUUUUAACCCACUUGCGAUUCUUGUUUCUCAGACUACAUGUAGGGGAAAGAGUGUCUUUUUGCAUUUUGCCCAAGGUGUUGCCAUUCACAAGAAAUAAAACAUGUAUAAAAACACAGGAAACUAA